AAGAUAAAUACAGCACAACAACAGACCUCCCCCAAAUAAUCUCCACCACUUUCUGCGAUUUUACGAGGUUUUCUCCGCACCUAUUACAUUUCUUCGAGGACAACGAUGUCUACAAUCACUCUUUAUCGUCUUCAUCAUGCUACUCGCUCCUCAUCUCUUCCUCUCCUCCAUUCAUUCUCCUCAAUAACCUCAACUACAAACCGUCGAGCCAUGAUGUCAGCGUUCCGACCCCAAGAUAAACAACACGAACAUGAACAACAACCUACACUCGCAGAACCUCCCGUCGUCAUUCCCUCUGCUACAACAUUAUCAUCCGAUGCCGCUUCGCCGCAAACGGUUGCUCGCCCACCGCCUGCUCCGAAGGCUGAGAGACCGAGACCAAAGAUUCGAGCUCAAAAGGCGGCUUUAAAUAUGAAACCAGAAGCUGUUAUGAGACUUCGCGCAUUACAAAGAGGUCCAACACAGCAACUCCUACGAAUUGGCGUUCGGAACAAGGGUUGCGCCGGGUUAUCUUACCACUUGGAAUACGUCGAUAAACCUGGCAAGUUUGACGAGGUCGUAGAGCAAGACGGUGUUCAGGUUAUCGUAGACAGUAAAGCUCUGUUUUCGAUUAUUGGAAGUGAGAUGGACUGGAAGGACGAUGCCUUGAGCUCCCGGUUCGUUUUUAAGAAUCCUAAUAUUAAGGACGCUUGUGGUUGCGGAGAGUCUUUUACUGUUUAAGUAUUCCAACUGGUGUAUCUCGAAGCAAUUCAUCCUAGAUCCUGCAUCCACCAUACCAACAUUAUGUAUCGAUAUAGUAUAAUAUAGGACCUGCGCUCUUAUUUUGUCUUU